CACAAGUCUAAAAAUCAAGAAAGAACACAAAAAUGAUGAAAAUCAUUGCACACUUUGCUACGGCUCUGUUUUGCUCCCUCUUAUUCUCCCUCCAAACCAUGUCCGAGUCCGUACAAAUGCUUACCGAUUGCAACCAAUUAUCUGACAACUUCACUAGAACUAGCUCGUAUCGAUCAAACCGCGAUAGUCUCCUCUCCACUCUUCGCGACCGUUCUUCCCUCGAAAGCUAUUCCAACGUCACGGUCGGUCCAAGCCCAAACACAGUCUAUGGCAUGUUCCUCUGCAGAGGAGACAUCAACAGAACAUCUUGUUCAAAUUGUAUCCAUGCCGCAACGUUAAGCGUCGCUGAAACUUGCAAUUCUCAUAAAGGAGCUUCCAUAUUCUAUGACGAGUGUAUAGUUCAAUACUCGAACGUUUCUUUCUUCACACUCGUAGAGGAUACACCUGCCAUUCGUAGAUACUCUCCGUCCAGUUAUUUGGGUUCUUCUGACUUUUUCAAUCAAACACUUCCUGGAAAAAUAUACGAGCUUAUCCUCAGAGCCUUCUCGUCUUCUUUGUCGUCACCAAUUCCAUAUUUUGCUGAGGAUCGAGAACAUGUGACUCAAUUGGAAGGUUCGUAUGAUUUAGAGGCAUUGGUCCAGUGUAGUCCUGAUCUUGAUCCAAGAAACUGCACUGAAUGCUUGAGACUUGCUGUAGAAGAUUUCUUUGAGUGUUGCAGCCAUGCUCGUUUGGCUCAGAUCAUCUUUCCUAAAUGUCUUGUCAUGUAUAACGUCUCCGCUUUGCAACCGAGUCUUGGCGUUAUAAAUGGAAACAAAAUAUAUAGGAGAAUUUUCAUUACAGCCAUGGCAACUUGGGUGUUCGCACUUCUUGGUCUAUGAUCCAGUCAAAUGAUUAUGAAGUUUUAUAUAUAUUUGUAUUACACGAUUGUAUG